CCCCUCCAUACAUGUAUUUAUGUACAGGAGGGGGAAACCCACUUGAAUGGUUUGGUUUAGUGAUUAUUCAUUUUCAGAUUGUUAGUUUUAGUGUGUGUUGAGGCACAGUUGUGGUUUUGACUAGGAGUUUUUUCUGAGGAGGUUGUGGGGGUUGCUCUGUGGUCUGUGGUUUUGAUUGGAGUUCUGCAAAUUGGACCCUGAGCCAGCUGUGUGCUUGUGUGGGUGUGUGUCGGAGCUGCUCCUCAUCAUCAUCAUGGUCCUAGCCCAUCUGAAAGGGUUUGGUGAGCAGCUGCUGAGAGUGAAGGCGGUGGACUGCAGUACGGAGGAGUCCCGGCUGUCUCGCUGUUUGAACACGUUUGAUCUGGUGGCUCUGGGCGUGGGCAGCACACUCGGUGCUGGUGUGUAUGUGCUUGCUGGAGCAGUGGCGCGGGAAAAUGCUGGACCGGCCAUCGUCCUCUCUUUCCUCAUCGCCGCUCUGGCUUCAGUCAUGGCUGGACUGUGUUAUGCAGAGUUUGGAGCGCGGGUCCCCAAGACGGGUUCAGCGUACCUGUACAGCUACGUAACUGUGGGAGAACUGUGGGCGUUCAUCACCGGCUGGAACCUCAUCCUCUCUUACAUCAUAGGGACCUCCAGUGUUGCUCGAGCCUGGAGCGCCACAUUCGACGAGCUCAUAAAGAAGCAAAUCGAGCUAUUCUGCAGGACACACAUGAGAAUGAAUGCUCCUGGAAUUUUAGCUGAAUACCCAGACAUGUUUGCGGUUCUCAUCAUCCUCAUACUUACUGGAUUGCUGGCAUUUGGUGUGAAGGAGUCUGCAAUGGUGAACAAGGUGUUCACUUGUGUGAAUGUGCUGGUAUUGAUGUUCGUGGUGGUCUCAGGCCUGAUCAAAGGAACCUUCAAGAACUGGAACAUCGAUCCAGAUGAUGUCCUUAAUGGCACUAGUGUAAAUGAUUCGGGGCCAUUGCCUUCAAAAGAGAUUCUGGGUGAAGGAGGGUUUAUGCCGUUUGGCUUCACUGGAGUGCUGUCAGGCGCUGCUACCUGCUUUUAUGCCUUUGUUGGAUUUGACUGUAUUGCUACUACAGGCGAAGAAGUAAAGAACCCACAGAGGGCCAUCCCCAUUGGCAUAGUGGCCUCCCUCCUCAUCUGCUUCGUGGCCUACUUUGGUGUAUCGGCAGCUCUCACCAUGAUGAUGCCCUACUACUUGCUGGAUCAAAACAGUCCUCUGCCUGCGGCGUUUAAAUACGUGGGCUGGGACGGGGCGAAAUAUGCUGUGGCAGUUGGGUCACUGUGUGCCCUCUCCACCAGUCUACUAGGUUCCAUGUUUCCAAUGCCCAGAAUUAUCUGGGCCAUGGCUGAGGAUGGGCUGCUCUUCAAGUUUUUGGCCAAAAUCAACACUAAAUCCAAAACCCCUGUAUUGGCCACAAUAACAUCAGGCAUUGUAGCAGCUGUGAUGGCUUUCCUGUUUGACCUGAAAGAUUUGGUGGAUCUUAUGUCGAUUGGGACACUGCUGGCAUACACCCUAGUGGCGGCCUGCGUCUUGGUUUUAAGGUACCAGCCGGAGCAGCCCAGUGUGACUCCGCAGUAUCAGAGUGCAAACUGUCAGGAGGAUGCUGAGCCAGACUCUGUCAGUGAGGGCAGCUCACGGUAUCUGUCUGGACCUCCAGAAACCUGCACCCUCAGCAACCUGCUCUUCCCCAAAAAUACUGAACCUUCUCGCCUCUCCGGCUUUACCGUCAACAUCUGCACCAGUCUCAUAGGUGUGCUGGUGUGUGUUUUCUGCAUUGUAGCUGUACAGGGGGGUUUACAGGUGUGGUCCCUCACUGUGCUGAGUAUUCUCGGGGGACUGUGUUUCAUUAUUACUAUGAUAAUCUGGCGGCAGCCUGAGAGCAAGACCAAGCUUUCCUUCAAGGUUCCUCUCCUUCCCUUUUUACCUGUGCUCAGCAUGUUCAUCAAUGUCUACCUGAUGAUGCAGCUGGACAGAGGCACUUGGUGGCGUUUCUUGAUCUGGAUGAUUAUUGGGUUCGUCAUCUACUUUGGCUAUGGGAUCAGAAACAGUGUGGAGUCUGCUUUGGCCAGAAGUAAUAUUGAAGAGGCACCAUCAGACUGCAAGAUAAAUGGUCUGACCCCCCCGGAGAAACAGGCCUUUCUGAAUAACCAUGAUAAUGCUGCUGUAGCUGAGGAAGACAGUGACACCUAAAAGUGUACCCAUACCUCCAACACUUAGCUUUGUCUCAAUUUGAAAAAUCAAAGGGGAACAUAGCCUUCUACACUUGAUCUGUCCAAACCCCCUGCGACCACGGGUACAGCAUUAACAGCUUUAGUGCUAUAUUCAUGUUACUUUUUUAUUAAUUUGUCUGUUAUCACCAUCAUCAGUGUGGCCAUUUAGGCAAGUUCUUGCCGUGUCAUCACAAAAUACAAAAGGCUGUGGGGAUAUAUCAGUACUCUUGCUUGCAGAUGUACUGAGUGCACUAUGGCAGACAGCCAGGUACAUGUUGCUUUUUAAAUGUAAUGCCAAAGAGUGUCUUGUUUGAGUUGUGCUAUGUGAUGUGUGGGGUGUAUAUGUGUAUAUACUUGGGAUUUCUGAGAGUUGUUUACAGGCACCGUGUAUGUGUGUGCACAAGGGUGUGUGUGAGUGUACACAAGUAUGAAUGUACGCAUGUAAUAUGUAUGUAUUAUAAUUGCACUCAGAAAAGCCAUUCUGUGAUGUGGAUUACAGAAGGCUUUGAUUUGCUUCAGUACAUUUACCAUUGGCUAUAAAUGCUCAUUUAACCUCCUUUUAACAUACAAAAAUGAAUGCGACCGAUUCAAACAUUGUAACCCUCACUGUCCACAAAUCUCUGUGGAUAUGAAUAUACUGCAGGUAAAUCAGAACUGAUGAGAUAAUUGUUCACAUAGUAAUUUUAUAAGUGAUCAGAUCAGAUUUGCAUGUUGGGACAUCACAAACAUAUGUGCAUGGAAACAAGGUUGGCAUCAGAAAAUAACUUUUGGUGCCUUUUUUGAACCGCUGCACUGGUUUUGACGAGGUUGUUUUUGCAGAGUUGUGAGUGAUG